AUGGGUAAAAAAAAGAAUAAUUCUUCCAAUGCUGCUCACGUAUUAGAAUCGUCGGUAGCUCCUAUUUUGGAACUCAACUUCACUGACCCGUUAUUCACUACUGCGGCUCAUCCCACAAAGCCAUUGCUCAUCUCGGGUUUUGCCACAGGUCAUCUCUAUUGCAAUUCAUAUAAUGGCGAAAAGCUAGAGGAACUUGAACAAGUGAAUAGAGAAAAAGCCAUUGAACGCCAGCAAAAGGCUUACGAGGCUGGAACAAUCACACACGUGAACAAAUCGGUAUCGCAACUGAAGAGUAAAUGGUGGACGACAUUCAAUGAUAUCAAGGAUGUGCCCAGCAAAGGCGAAGACCUGGUCAAUGUCCAGACAAAUUGGAAAACAAAAAGGCACAAGGGAUCAUGUCGACAUGCAAUUUUUGACCCUAGGACCGAUUGCCUUGGAGACUACUUGUAUACUUGUGGUACCGACAAUAUCAUCAAGAAGGCUGCCACAGAGACAGGUAAAGUCGUGGGGAAAGUAGAUGUGGUUGCUGAUUAUUCAAGCGCAAAGGACAAACUAACCAAAUUGUGUCAUUCAACUACACAUCCGUUCCUCUUGUCUGGAACCGAGGACGGCCAUGUUUUGGUCUAUGAUUCGUCAAACUUGGGCGGAACAAACAAAAUCAAAUUCAAAGUCGAACUGGCACACGAUGACUCUAUCAACCAUAUUCUUAGCAUGCCUGCAGUAUCACCAUAUCACUACCUCACUUUGGGCUCAACAACCUUAUCACACAUUGAUAUACGAAAGGGAAUUAUUACCCAAUCUGAUGACCAAGAAGACGAAUUAUUAGCAAUGUCAUACACUACGGAUGAAUUGAGCGAAAACAAGAACGAUACGGUAUUGGUGAGUCACGGCGAAGGUAUAAUCACCAUUUGGAAGAAUUCUAAAAACAAAUUAGCCGAUCAAUUGACAAGGAUUAAAGUGAACAAGACCGCAUCCAUUGACGCGAUCGUACCAACCAUGAACAAUGACGAUGAGAAUGGAAUGGCAAGUUCAGUAUGGUGCGGUGACAGCGAGGGGCUUUUACAUCGUGUAAAUUACAAGAGAGGUAGAGUGGUAGAGACGAGGUUACAUUCUGUAGCACGUGGUAAAUCAGGCGCAGUUGAUGAGGUUGGCGUAUUGGACAUUGAUUAUGAUUAUAGGUUGAUCUCUGCUGGUAUGGAUAGUUUGAAGAUUUGGUCAAACAGGUAUUCAGAUGACCAAGAAGAGGAGGAGGAGGAGGAAGAGGAGGAAGAAGAAGAAGAAGAUAGUGUCAGUGGAACUGAUAGUGGUAGCGAUGAGGAAAGUUUUUCAGAUAUAUCUUCUGUGGAUUUUGAUUCUGAGAAUAAUGACGAUGGUGAAGAAUUACUGGACAAAGAGCAAUGGGAAGAUGUAGAGGAUGAAGAUAUUCCAGUUGGAACAGAUGGAAGUACAAGAAAUGAGGAAAAUAAAGAUAAUACGAAAUCAGAAUAUAUUCUACCAUUCAAACGAAAGAGAAGAGAUUUCUCCGAGGUCAUUACCAAACCAAAAAAGAAACUGAUAGAUAUCAAUAAGUUGACUAAACCAUCAAAGAAAGAAGAUGAUGGAGAUGACAAUAACAAGAGUUUGCAGGAACAAGAAAAGGCAGAAGAGGUGCCCCAAUUUAAGAAACAAAAAGUAAAGGAGAAGAAAGUUACUGCAAAGCAAUUGAGGAAUAUGCAAAAACAUGAGCAUGGAAUCAGGAAGUUUGAGGGAUUAUAA